AUGUCGGUCCUCUCUGCGAGCAUCCCAGAAGCUGACGACGGGGCCCUCCGACGAAUGCUGGACGAAGGCUGCCGGGGAAAGGGAGAUCGCAUUCUGUGGAGAGGGCCUCUGUCCGUCUCAUCCCUUGGCGCGGGUACCGCGCGAAGCUCGUCAUCCGAAUUCAACUCCGGCCGGUAUCGCCCUGGCGACCGAGUGGCUUCCAUUUCUCACGCUGAAGCAGCUCGUUUUGCUGCUCAGCAGCAUCUAUCGUUGGAAAGCGCGAUGUCGCGAUCCUUUCAACCGUCCUGCGCAGCGUCGCGCCGCUCAUUUUCUGGAUCGGUUUGCUCGCCUGCAAACAACUCCUCGGGGGCUGCCGAAGAGAAGCUUCGUUUCCCGGCUAUUCCGGACAGGUGCCCUUCUUCGCCUGUUGCCACUGAUAUGCGCGACCUGCGUGUCUCGACGGACUCUUCACAUGCGGGUGUCUGCCUCCACGAUCUGCCUGGCCCGGGUGAAUCUCACGCUACAGCGGAAGCGUCUUGCGCGGCGUCGGGCACAAGGCUCGCCUCAACCGGGUCUGCUCCCCCCUUUUCAGAGGAAAUCUGCUCUGGAAUCGAAGGCAACUACAGUUACCCCGGUGACUUUUUCCGACGUGCGGUGUCGUGUCCACAGGGGAGACCGUAUCUCGGCUCGCGGCGACACAGCAAAGGCGCGCAGGUCGUGUCGAACGGCGCAAGUCAUGCAACACACUCCUGUGCGGAGAAUGGCGGAAGGGACCACGGCAGUGAUGUCUGUGCUGGCGCCCUUGGAAGCGGCGUCAAUCGUUCUGAGUCCAUUUUGUCGGACGUUGUUGCCUCACGUUCACGCGGCGCCUCCUCAGGAAACGCGCUGAGUGCGUCGGGUUCCCGCGGAAACGACAACGGCAAAAAGACGCUCUCUGCCCCGGCUGCGCCGAAACUCCCCUCGCGGGACCGGCGAAUUGUCUUCAUCUACGCUCUGCUCUUUCUCGACGUGAUUAUCAUAGGAAGCACCUCCACGCAGCACUCUUUGAAUCCCGCCUCUCUCAUCGACAAAGUGCUCAUGACGCACGCAUCUUUCUCUUCCCUCACACACACUCACCCGUCUGGAGGCGAGAGCGAACAGCCAUACUAUCGCCUCCUCCCUCACUCGGUCAAAAGAGAGCUGGGGUUGUCCUGCGUCUGCGGCUGGGCGGCCCUUGUUGUUCUGGGUAUCCUCACGCUGCUCUUCUCCACCAGCUCGACCCCCCUGCCUCUCCUAGGCCCCUCGGCUUAUAGCAGGAGCGCGAGAGAGGGAGACGCCGAGAACCAGACGGGAGAGGAGAGGAGGUGCGAGGAGACUGAAGAGCGCGGCAAACAGCGCACGCGGAACGCCGAGAGAGAGAGCAGGAGAUCGAAAGGGACGGCCAGGGCGGGGAGACCCGCCGCCGGCGACGGUGGGGAUGAGUUUGAGACGAGGUUCAAGAAUUAUGAACGCGUCAUUCUGUCUCAGUACGGCGAGACGACGGCGGCUCACACCAAGCUGCGCACCUUCCUCAUUGCGCUCGCCACGCUUCUGGUCUUCUUCAUCAUGAACUUUAUUCUUCAAAUAAACGUGCGAUGCCACAUCACCAAGUAUCAGCUGAGUCACCUUCACUCGCUCGCCGCGGAAGUCGCAGGACAAACCGAGGCAGCCUCAGAGACCCAAAACGCGGAUGAGGCUUUCCGCGAAGACCUGCGGGCGACCAGUCUGCCGUCCCUCGUCGCGCAUGUCGCGCAGCUUCCUCCACCCGCCACAGGCGCCCCUGUGGGGUCUUCGCUCGCACGCGCCACCAGCGCUGCGGGAAUGAGCGAUCGUCAUCGGCGUACGCCCCGACCCCGAGAGGCCAACACCCCGGCUCCCGCGUGCGCUUCGCCGUCGUCGCCCUCCUGUUCGUGGGAGGCUGAACCGAACACGGAAGAGGAAGCCGAUGCAGCAGCUCUAACCGCUUCAUCGUCCGCGCCAGAAGCUCCAGAAGCACCUCCAGCCGCCAGCGGAGCUGCUGACGCCUCUGGGGGAGGCGAAGCAAGACGAGAGAGCGUGGCAGGGGGCCUCGAAGGCCGCCGGGCACCCGGGGGAAGCGAGCAGACGGGGCAAAAGGCCUCUGUGUCCACAUCUCUCUCAUCUGCGUCGGCGCCGCCGGCGGCGGGGUCGCGACCUGCGGACGCGGGAACAGAAACGGAUUCCGCAGAGAGUCUCGGGUCGGAGGCGCGGAGCGCAGUCUAUUAUGCGUCGGCGUCGAGUGUGGAGCAAGAAGAGGCGCCACGGUCGCCGUCUUACCUCUAUUACCGCGAUUUUUGGUUCUGGCACCAGCUUGUCGCCGGCUGCCUACGCGACGCCGAGCUACAGCUGUCCCUCGCGUGGAUCGCCGCACACGUUUUGGGGGUCGUUCUCUGCGUCAGGGUCGCGAGAGACGUAACAGAGACGCUGAAGGGCGUAGUCGAUGCCUUCCGAUUCUAA